GUUAUCAACCUUCCACGGCCAGAUAAGAGGGGACACGGGACCACCCGGCACGCCGCUCCUCCUACUCGUCAGCAUCAUCAUCCUCGUCGACUCGCCCUCGCUGCGUGUUCCUAGCACCCCCACCCCAGGCGUCCUUAUUUUCUGUCUCCACCCUCGACUCGGUUCUCGACCUCUGGCGGUUCUCGCUGCAACGGCCAUGGAGCGUCUCGCCAUCGGCCAACUCGACUCCCAGGGCUUGCUGGAGGUCUGGCAGAAGUUUGACGCCGAUGAUAAUGGUUACAUUGAAGGCAAAGAACUCGACGAAUUUUUCAAGCAUCUACUCAAACAAGCAGGGGAGUGCGCGUCGGAUGAGAAGGUGGAGACCGUGAAGCGUAACCUCAUGUCCAUCUACGAUGAGUCUGCUGACGGAAGGCUGCACCUGUCCGAGGUGGCAAAUAUGCUUCUGGCUGAGGAUGAGAGUUUCCUGCUGAUUUUCAAGCGAGCCUCGUCACUGGACAACAGCGUGGAGUUUAUCAAGAUCUGGCAUCAGUAUGACCUGGAUUCUAGUGGCUUCAUUUCUGCCUCCGAGUUAAAAAAUUUCCUCAAGGACCUGUUGAGCCACCACGGCCGGCAGGUGGAAGAGAAGAAGCUUGAAGAGUACACUGAUACCAUGAUGAAGCUCUUUGACAAGAACAAAGAUGGCCGACUGGAUCUGAAUGACAUGGCGCGGAUCCUGUCGCUAAAGGAAAAUUAUCUCCUGCAGUUCAGCAUUGAGGAUGCAAGCCAGGAAGAAAGACGCAGGGACUUUGAGAAGAUAUUUUCGCACUAUGAUGUGACUCGCACCGGGGUGCUGGAGGGGCCUGAGGUGGACGGCUUCGUCAAGGACAUGAUGGAGUUAGUCCGGCCAUCGUUGACCGUGGCGGACUUAUCCAAAUUCCGUGACUCACUGCUUCGCCGCUGUGACACGAACCAGGAUGGCAAGAUACAGAAGUGGGAGCUCGCCCUCUGCCUUGGAAUUCGCACGGCCCACGUCUGAAGCCUCUCGUAUGGCCCACAUGGGGGAUUUUAAACAGGAACACACGCACUACCAGCCACACUAGUUCCACAGUCGACCAGCAUUUCCACCCACGUAUCCUGUGUUCUGCUUAAAAACAAUAUAUUUGUUGUGACGACCAAACAGUGUGGUGUGCAUGCAUGAGUGAUUUCACGUAAUUUGAAAAUUGGACAGGGCAUGUGUGAUUUAAGGAUAAUGAUUCUGGACUGAAUCGAGUGCCAAAUUGAAAGGAAGGCCAUGGAGACGUUAAAUGAAUAUGCAGGCAGGCUGGUUAAUGUGUCGCCGGCAUUUCAUUCCGUCGCACAAAGCACCAGGAUUUCAAUUUGUUUUAUGUUAGCUCUGUGUGUCCGCAACCACAGUGCAGGCACUAAGUAGUCUUUUCAGAAACACCAUCUCACCGAGGCUUUCAUGUUUGGAAAAAAAUCUCACGUGCAGCCCUGAUCAUUGUAUAUUUUGGGGCUUUUUGAUGGAAAUUUUGAAAAAAGAAAAAAAACGUCGUUUUUUCACAUUGACAAACUGUAGAAUAAAAUAGAAUGGGAUGCAUCACGAUCCAUCUGUAACACUCUUAAUUUGUCAAUAAAAAGUCCAUACCUUGAUGAAAACUUGAACGAGAUUGGCCAUGGGACACACCAGAACACAAGCUCUCUCACUCGCCACCGCUGUCUUGAUUGACACGCUCGAACGUAAACAAUUACCAGGUGAGGUUCACGAUUGGAAAUUUGAAGCUCAUUAAAUGGAUGUAAAAACGUA